AUGGAUGCUGUGAGGGAACGCCACUGUGUGUUGUGUCAGGCGCGACGACAGGUGGCGGUGCAAGAAGCAUGCGCGCGAGAGGCGCAGCGGUACAGUGAGAAGCGCGGCGGAAUUCAAAUUCAAACCGCGGCGGCCGCCGCCGAAAUCGAGGCCGCCAAGGCCGACCUGGCCGCCGCGCAGAUCGUGCGGCAGCACGAGGAGGAGUAUGAGGCGAAGAAGCAGGAGAUAGUUCGGGUGAUGGGCCGCUCGGCGACGGCGGCCGAGGCUCAGAAGGUGAUGGCUGAGGUGGCGGGCAUCCAGGCGGACAGCGCGCAGGCCGAUGACACGCUGGCGCUGGGCCGGCGAAGGCAGUUUGCGGCGCUGCUGCAUGCGCUGGAAGUGCUGCAGGCCGCGCUGGACGCCGACGGCGCCUGAGCAUUAGCAUCAGCGUGACUUCAGCAUCAGCAUGAGCGUGAGUGUGACAUGGGCAUGGGUAUGAGCGUGACAUGAGCACUGGCGCGGCAGCAGGAGCAGCCCUCCACCCGGCCGCACCCUGCGCACACCCCACCAGUGCGGCCGAAGUUAAGUGUUUAAAGGUGCACCAUGCAGUGUUUUCAGGGACAACUGUAUAUACAAUUACCCCCUAGUCACAGCAUCUGAUAGUGCGCUAGCACGGGUUGAAUAUACUGAGGCUUCUACAAUUGGCCCUUAGAAGGGGGGGUUGUCAGACCUACAGUCAUGGAGUCUACUUUGGGACCAUCCCACUAUAUUGUAAUAUAUGCUUCAUCGUAUUCUCAAGAUUGCUUUCUGAAUGCUGCCGUUAUUGAAGAUGGUGCUAAAAUCGGAAGCAGAAUCCGGUGUACUACAAAUCACCAUGGCCGCUGUGUGACGCAGCUCUUAUGCUUUGCCUCAGGACCAGUGCAAGGUGUACAUUUAAGGUAGCUGCUUGUUUUGGCUAGCUAAUAGUACAAAGCUGGCAAAGCCAAGACUUUUAUGAGGAUAUCACAUUGCAGGCCAGUGACCAUGAUGUAGUGUGCCAUCGUUUCAUGUGACAUUUGAACCUCC